UUGGCAGCGGACAACCUGAGAUUGAGCGGACUCGUGGUGGAGUGAAAGAGUUCGUAUCCAGUAUCAGCUUCCCGCCUCCGGCCCCGGUGUCCCGCCGAUCCUGCCCUCACUGUCCCAUGACCUUCGUAAACGAGCAAGGCCUUGGGAUCCACGUGAGGACGCAGUACAGCAGUGCAAACAUGUCCAACGGCGUACGGCUGCGGCGGAUGCUACGAAAAAAUCUCGAAGGGCGUGUCCUGCCGUGGGAAGAAGCCGGGUCUAGGCGUUGUUGGCACGUGAGGGUCGAUGAUGCGACGGGGGCGGCUUCGUUUGUCCUCCAGCGGAAGCGCUUUCUCGAUCUAGACUUGGAAAGCGACGGCUUUAUGGACCGCGAAACCAAGGAAACUCGUGGAGCUCCCAAGCGCAGGCGAUACGACUAUAGGUUCAAAGCCAAUGCUGUCAACCAGCUGCGCAUCCUCGAGGACAACGCCGCGGACCUCUGGAAGGAGGAGGAGCGCACGCCUCUUCAGUACUUAGAGGAUCGUCUCAAGGUGCACAACAGCAACAUCGUGAAGUGGGCCAAGGACGAGAAGAACACUUUGCUAGAGAAAAAUGGGACGGCGAAAUAAGAACAUGGCCAAUAAGAACACGUGCUCGGGUUGGGGCAGCCAAUAAGAACUGAGCCUCGCUCAAAAUAGGAGGUUCUUAAGUGCGGGCCUCAACUG